GAAAGGCAUUAAUAGCGCGGUCGAAUAGGGUGGGAAUACCGGCGAAUAGUCAAACUUUACCGGUGGCGGAGGUCAAUGGGGAGAUAUGAUGACCCCUUCUCUCUCUCUGUCUCUCAUCAAAAUCCGCUCUGCAACUCUGAAUCAUCCGUCUUCAAUAUUUCUUCUCCCUUCUUCCUCGCAGUUGAUUUGAGAAGCUCGGAGAAGAAGCAUGACUGGUUCAAAUGUACCGACCUUUGGGAACUGGGACAGCGAAGAGGAUGUGCCUUACACAAUAUAUUUUGAAAAGGCAAGGAAAAAUCGAGGCGGAAAAAUUAUAAAUCCAAAUGAUCCCCUAGAAAAUCCAGACAUGUUCCCAAGGAAAGCUCCUCGUGCUGCUGCUGCUGCUGCACCUACUCGUUCUCCUUCAUCUGAACAUGGAGUUCUUCAAUAUGAGGAACCACCGGUAGGGUAUGGUGCAUCAGUUAGGCCCACUAUAGAUAAGCGUCAAAUGAGUAAAGACAACAGUGACCACUUGAAUCAUUCUAAUUCUCCACCCGGGAAUGGCAACACCAUGGGCAAGAAAGGAAGCUUUGAAAAAUCGCCCCACCACCCACAAUAUCAUCAAGGAAAGGGUCGAGAUGGAAGGAAAUCAAAUGAGAAUACACGUGGUUCAACAACACCAGGAAGAACUCAUAAUAAUAAUAACAGUAAUGGUAGCAGCCAACAAGGUACCUUGGGAAAGUCAUAUGGUACACCUGGGAGAUCUCGGAAAAAGCUCGAAAGCCCUGAUAGGAAAGGAGCUGCAGCACUUCCGAAAUUUGGGGAAUGGGACGAGAAGGAUUCUCAAUCAGCAGACAACUAUUCUUACAUUUUCAACACGCACCGUGAUGAAAGGCACACAGAUGCUUCCUCAAAUGUUAUGCGGACCCCAACACGACCCCGUCCCAACAGAAACCAAGAUGAUGAUGAUAAGUUUCAGAAACGUUGCUGCCCAUGGUGGUCAAAAAGGUGAAACCUGAGUUGCCCCUUCAUUUCCAGGGCAGGCAAACUGAGUUAUGUAAAUAAGAAGACAAAAAAGCUUUGUGAUGCCG